AUAAAUCUUCUGUGAUUUCACAGGGGUUCUGAAGUUCCGUAGCUUGAUGUUCUUUUGUGAAUGUAGUCCAGUUUACUUUCAAACAGUGUAAUUAUUUAUUUUUUUUCCCUAUAGGACUUGCUGUAUUAAAGCAUGUGCUAACACCACGUGUGAAGGCAACUCAUGUAGCCAUUGACACGAUGAAAGACUAUCUGGAUGCAGUGUAUGAUGUGACUGUAGCUUACGAAGGUACCGUGGACCACAAAGGGCAAAGAAAACUGGCACCAUCUAUGACAGAGUUUCUUUGCAAGGAAUGCCCAAGAGUUCAUAUUUUCAUUGAUCGAAUUGAACUGAAGGACAUUCCAGAAGAGCAGAUGUAUAUGAGAAGGUGGCUUCAUGAACGUUUUGAAAUAAAGGAUAAGUUACUAAUAGAGUUUUACGAUGCAAAGGAUUCCAAAAGAAGAAAUAAGUUCCCUGGGAAAAGUGUUCAUUCCAAACUGAGCCUCAAGAAAACUUUGCCAUCUUUGCUGUUUUUAGGUGGCCUGACUGCUAGUAUGCUUCUGACAGAAUCUGGAAGGAAACUUUACGUAAAAACAUGGAUCUAUGGGACUUUAAUUGGCUGCCUGUGGGUUAGCAUUAAACCAUAAGCAGAUGUUGGUCUCCAGUCAGUGAAAUGUGCAGUCUUUUCUUGCACAUUGCACCAACCUUUUUCCUGACUUUAUAGUAAAAAACAGUGUAAAUAAAGCCUUAUUGAUCGAA